AUGUGGCAGCACGCUCGCCGCCACAUCGACUGGCUCCAGGAGGACUCCCAGGCCCGGGCGGAGGCCUGGGACAGGACUUGGGGCCUGGGCCGAAUGCCCCGCCGGCGUGGGAACGGCCCAAUUUCGUACGCCGAGCACGCGCCCGGGAUCCAUCGGCGGGACCCAUACUACCUGGCACGCCUGGGGCCCUGGUCGAGGGUGAUCCGCCCUGCCAGCCCCCACCUCGACGACGGGAUCGCGGACUGCGGUCGCCGCGUCGAACAGCGCCGCCGGGCCUUAUGUACUGGGCCCCGCCCCCCGCCGAGCAGGGCGGGCUUCCUUGGAGGUGGUGCGUGGUCUGCUGGUGCGGCCGCAACCUCAGCCGAGCCGGGUCGACGACGAGGUGGUCAGCGAGCUGGAGUGACGCCGGGCCGCGUCGCCGGGAGUGCCUUGGUUGUCGCCUUCGGCUGUCAGGGCUACCUUGCGACUGGGUCGCAGCUGCCUGCCCUUAGACUGGUCAUGGCCGCGCCGUCGUCUUCGACCGCCGCCCUCGUCGACUUCCGCACCUUGGCGGCCGAGUCUGGAGCGGGGGACGUCGUGGUGAGAUACGUGGGGGCUCGAGGCCUGGCCCGCACGGCCACCCUCGCCCUGGUGGAGCCAAACCCGACGAGGUUCGAGGCCACCGUGGUUGACCCGCUCCUGGCUGGCUUCCGCGCUAGGACACAGUGGGAGGCCUGGUCCGCCCAGAUGGCGGCGGCCAUCGGGGCGAUCCCGCCUCCGUCUCCUUCGGCAUCGGCCCUGCCUGCCUUGUCCUUCCCCACGAGACGCCUGGCAGGGGCGGACGCGGUACUCGCCAGGAUCUACCGCGAGCACACCGUCUCUAAGUCCUACACGCCGCUCCUGCUGGGCGAGAUUUUGGAGGCCGGAUCCCUCCACAUCGUCGGGGGAAGCCUCGUUGCCGCGGACGACAAGCGGCCGUGGGAGCCUCGCGGCGUCAUGUCCGUCUUGGACGGGCUGGAGGCGGUGCGCCUGGCCUGGAUCCUGACCACAGUCAGGGUCACCGCCGACAUCAUGGCAGACACCUCCUCCUGGCUGGAGGCCAUGGCCACGCCGCCUCGGCCUGAGCCCAAGAAGCCCGCCAGGCCACAGCCGCCUCCUAAGGCCGAGCCGGACCAAGGGGCGGACUGGACCCCCCCUGCCCAGAAGUGGCAGCGCACGGGAAAGGGCAAGAAGGGGCAGAAAGGCCAGAAGGGCGGCAAGAAAGGAAACAAGGGCGCCGGGAAGGGCCAAGAACGCCAACGUCGUCAGGAUGAGCAGCGCCGCGACCAGGCCUGGGACGACUUGGUGGGCGUCGUCGUCCUGGAGCUCUGGCUACGCCCAACCGCCCGGAGAGGCGGUCCAUCAUCGUCCUCUUUCGAUGGCAUCGGCGCGUCCCACUGGCUGGUGGCCAAGGCCUUCGGGAGGCCCCUGCUCGCUGUUUCCUGGGAGGUCGACCGGGCAUGCAAGGCGCUGGUGCAGAAGGCCAUGCCCUGGGUGGAGCACAGGGGCGAAGUUACCCGGGACUCGCCUGGGAACGUGGCCGACCUCAUUAUGGACGCCGACCCCGACGCCCUCGCCUUGAUCGUCUGGUGCGCGGCGCCGCCGUGCCAGGACUUCUCUCGGAUUGGCCAGGGAGAAGGUCAUCAGGGAGACAGGGGCAGGCUUUUCCAGGACUCCGUCAAGUUCAUGCACGAGCUCCGCGCCAGGGAGAACGUCGACAUGGACCAGGCGGCCGCCAAGGUGAUCUCGGACGGGCUCGGGGUCCAGCCGGUCUUCGCCUGCCCGUCCGAUUUCGGCUGGGUGUCCAGGCCGCGCCUGUGGUGGACCAGCGUGGACUGGACCAGGUUCCAGGUCGAUCCAGACGACGGGGCGGCGCUGGAGUGGGCCGAGAAGGGCAGAUGGGAGCGCCUGCGCCUGGCCUCCGCCAGGCCGUCGGCAGUCGAGGCCAUGCUCCAGGACAGCCAGGGCGUCCUGCGCCCGGCGUUGGAGCCGGCCCUCUCGACGCUUAUUGACCUCCGACACGACCUUUGCCGCAUCCGGCGGGAGGUCAUCGCGGAGCUCCUCGUCCUGGUGGAGGAGCGCGAGGACGACACCCGGGCCCUUCCAGGGGCCAACCUGGGCCUGCUCCGCGACCUCGGCUACCCCGCAACCGCGGACCUUGAGGAGGACCUGCGCCUGGGCUUUGACAUGUUGGGGCCGGUCCGGCGAGAAUCCGCCUUACGUCGCGGCCAAGUGUUCCAGGGGGCGCGCCGGCGUUCACACAGCAGCCCUCUUGGAGGAGCUGGUGCAAGAGGCGGCCGCCUGGGCCCGGUCACCGGCCCUUGCGCCGCUCCCGACCACUGGUCCGUGGCAACCUCGGCGCUGCCCUGGACGGCUGACAUGCGCACCUUGCGCCAGCCCCCACUGGGCGACUGCUUCGCCGCCCUCUCCUUCGCCAUCUGCCAGGUCGACGAGAACGGGGACCUCAAACUACGCCGGGGCGAAGAUUGGCGUCGGCCGGGCCACAACGCCACCAUGAGCGCCGAGGACGUCCCCACCCACCACUUCCUGGGCGACAUCGUCGACUUCAUCCUGGCCGCCUGGUGCGAGGGUUGGGACCCGAAGGUUUUCGGCCAUGACCUUCAGAACGCCUACCGCCAGUGGGCGGUGCGUUGCCCUGGUCAUUGCGGGAC